AUGGUCUCUUUGGCCUCCCUGGAAGAAGUUGCUACAAAAGCAGAGACACUUCGGUCAUUUCUACGCGGUGCCUUUCUCGAUGAUGCACCUCGUCUUGAAGUAACGAUCUUUAAUCACCUCAGAGAAGUUUUAAAUAGCUGGUUAGAACCUUUGUUGUCAUCAUCAACAUCAUCUGAGGAUUCAUCACAAUCACAGGGGAGUCUUCGUAAUCUUAUUGAGCAGUAUUAUCUACAGGAACUCUUUGCUGCACUGUUGUUUCUAGCAGAUGAGUCCCUUCUCCAGAGUAGUCCUGUUUCUAUUGCAGAAAUACCAAAAAUGAAGAAUUCAUCUGUGCAGGAUUCUUCUUAUUAUGUGGAUAUCCGUACAAAACAAUAUUGUGGAGAAAUGCUGCUUUAUCUUUGUUUUUCUCGUAUUUGCCGAACACAUCAUGUUGUGCAAGCGCUUUAUCCACUUCUUCUAGCUCAGAAUGAAGAUAAUGAUGGUGUUUCACAGAAUCAUAUUAGUGAAGGUCUCUUUACAUCACCUCGUUUUAUGAAGAAAAAGAAAUUUAUUUCUAAUCUUCUUAAUGGAGUUGUUAUUGGAUUAUCUGAUGGUGUUAGUGCAGUAGUUCGUGUCUUGUUACUGGAUGAUCGUGUAAAAGAUGAUAUGACGGCUGAUGCUGCUAAACAUAUUGCACAUCUCUUUGUUACCCCUUUGCGCAGUAUAUGGAUUUUAGAAGAAUCUUUAGUUGUAAAAUAUUGUGAAAAUUUUCCAAUAAUGGAUCAAGUUCGUCUAUUUUCUACACAAUUAAUGAAUCUUACUCUCUUUCAUGCAGAAACUCCUGUAAUUCAAGAGAAUAAAGAUGAUUUAAAACAACAGAUGCCUCUCUUUUUACAGAAACAGCAGCAUUUGAGGGAUACAUCUCUUUUAAAACUAGAAACAUUGGAGGAACGACUUCAUAUAUGUGUAGUAACUAUUCUUAACACGAUUGUGUAUCUAUAUCCUCUUAGUGAAGGAAAAAGUCGAUUUGACCGUAGUUAUAAAUAUUUUUCUUUAUAUAACAGAUAUUUUUUAACGCCGUCAUUUCGAGCACUUUCAUUACAAUCGGUUACUUUGGGUGAAAAUGAUGAAGUAUUACUUGCACUUCGUCGUUUUGCUGCUCUUACAAAUGGUUCAACCCUUGGACCAUCACCAAGAGGUUUAUUACUCACAUUAGAUCCUAUAUCGCCUGGUUUAUUACAAUUACUUGAAUUUGGUGAAACUAUCCCUACUCCACAUCGUGAUGUUUUAAAUCGUAUUCUAGAUUCACUAUGGAAGAUGGAAGUUCAAUUUGAGGAAAUAGCGUAUAUAUUCAUUCGAGGGGCUUUUGUAAAUGUUCGUGGAUCUUUUACAAUAGAUCGAGUUGGGUUAACCAUGUCUGUAGAUUUUAACCAUGUCUCUUCAUGUGCGAGUCGUCUGCGUGGAUUACAACGUCUUAUCUUGUGUGAAACAACACCAACAGAUUUUAUAUGUAAAGUACUAGAGGCAGGAGCUAGAGAAUGUCAGCAACGUGCAGCAUCUUCAUUAUCUGUUGGUAUACAAAAAAAAGAAAAGGUAAAUACGUUUCUAUUUACGGCAGAAGAGCUAGAGUCUGAAGAUGUAAACAAGGAUGAAGAUCUCAUAUUGGUGCGGAUGAUUGAAGAAAUGUGUGUUGGAAUGAAUGCAGAUACUUUAUUUGGUACCCGAGUCACACUUGACCGUGUGUGUGAUGUGCUUUCUACAGUGGCAACUAUUAGUCCUGUUUGUUGGAAGUGGGUAAUGUUAUUAUUACCUCGAAUUCUUGCUGUAGAUAUUAUUCAUUCAAUCUUUUCUCAGUAUUCAACAACUGCAGAAUCUUGUAAACCGGCACGGGCAUUACUUAUGCGGUUAAAACGACUUGAAAGUAUUAUUACUGCUCUCUGUGAUGAUGAUAGUUUUGUAUCAGCGUCUACUACGAUUCUUAGAGAUGCGGCUAUAGCUGUUCAACAAUACGAUACUGUGAUGAGUGAAGAAGAAGUGAAAGAAGUAAAGGAUGCGACGGAGGCUCAGUGUUCUAAAAUAGCACGUUCUAUUGAAGAAAGCCUUAAUGCUAAAUCUAUUUCAACACUUGUGGUUCAUCUUCUAGCUUUAGCACAAAUGGCAGAGGAGAAUGCCUGGAGUAUCAGUAAGCCACAAACUAAGACUUCAAACAAAAACAAGAAUCAUAAGAGUCAGAAUAAAGAAAAAAGUAAUAAUAGCGAAAAUUCUAUACAAAGAGUAAUGUGGCUGCUUACUCGUGUAUUAGCUGAAGUGGAUGACGCAUGUGCGGCGGUGAAUGCUUGUAAGACUAUGGUAUGGUGGUCUCUUGCACGUAUGGAAUCAUUAGAUUCUUCUUGUAUUGGACAACUUGUGAUAAACUUACUUGAUAUUGAUGAAAAUAAUCCAUUAUCAUUUCGAUCUGUGAUUCCUGCUGAAACUGCAGUAGCCACAACAGCCGCCGCACUGUUACCACCACAAAUAAGUCGUCUAAAAGUACGUUUAUUGGAUGUUUUACUUGGACUUUGUGAUUACGAUGCAGAAGGACGUACAUUACGAAAUAUUGAUGAUUAUUGUAAAAAGACGAGAAAAUGUGGUUUAUAUGAUAUUCUUACGGGAUUGUGUAAACCGCCCUUUAGUGAUGUUGUACAGGUGGCAACUAUGCAUUUUCUUGGUCAUUAUGUUGUUUCCACAUAUCCCCGUGUUUCGCUUUCUUCUAUCUGUACACUUUGUGUAGAUGUAUUUCGUCAUACCCCUUAUGAGAUGGCAAAGGCUGCCUGUGCCUCUAUGUUGUGGAAUGUUGUCACUUCAUUAGAGUCAAUGGGCGUUAUCGCAACUUUGAGUGAUGGGGAAGUGACAUUGUUGCAGAAUUUGGCAGAAGCAUUUCGGAGUUAUCGCUGUGCCGCAUUAAGUGAAGGGAUUCAUGAAGAAGUUAUUCACCGACAUGGUGAUUGGAUCCGAGAGGUGCUGCAGCGGGAAUCGCUUGUGGUGCGUGAGAUAUGA